GCCAAGGUUUGUUUUCCAUGGGUGCAAAGUAUGUUUAAGUGCAUUAACCGAACUGCCCAGUAUACCAGAUAUCUCCAGUCAGCAGGUACCGGUUUCCAUCUUAACCAAGAUUUUAGGCUGGUGUCAUCCUUGCCACUCAGAAUGACCGACCCGGCUGUGAAGAGGGUGGUUAGUGACAUAAUUCGCUCUCCUGAGGACAAACGGGUUUACAGGGGCCUAGCGUUUACCAAUGGCCUAAAGGCCAUGCUCAUCAGUGACCCAACAACAGACAAAUCCUCAGCUGCUUUGGAUGUCCACAUAGGUUCAUUAUCGGACCCAGGGAAUAUCUCGGGCCUGGCGCACUUUUGUGAGCACAUGCUGUUCCUGGGAACAAAGAAGUAUCCAAAGGAGAAUGAGUACAGCCAGUUCCUCAGCGAGCAUGCCGGCAGCUCCAAUGCCUUUACCAGUGGAGAGCAUACCAACUACUACUUUGAUGUAUCCCAUGAGCACUUGCAAGGAGCGCUAGAUAGAUUUGCCCAGUUCUUUCUGUGCCCACUGUUUGAUGAGAGCUGUAAGGACCGCGAGGUGAAUGCUGUGGACUCGGAGCAUGAGAAGAACCUUAUGAAUGAUGCCUGGAGGCUGUUUCAGUUGGAGAAGGCCACUGGCAACCCCAACCACCCCUUCAGUAAAUUUGGAACAGGUAACAAAUUGACUCUUGAAACCAGACCAUCCAAAGAUGGAGUUGACAUCCGUCAAGAGCUCCUGACAUUUCACUCUACAUAUUACUCUUCUAACCUCAUGGGACUGUGUGUGUUAGGAAGAGAAUCAUUGGAUGAGUUGACCUCCAUGGUGGUUAACCUUUUUGGAGAAGUGGAGAACAAGAAUGUGCCUAUCCCAGAAUUCCCUGAGCACCCCUUCCAGGAAGAACACCUCAGACAAUUCUACAAAGUGGUGCCUAUCAAAGACAUCAGGAACCUGUAUGUGACCUUCCCCAUCCCGGACCUACAGAAGUACUACAAGUCUAACCCAGGGCAUUAUCUGGGACAUCUGAUUGGCCAUGAAGGACCUGGAAGUUUGUUGUCUGAGCUAAAAUCUAAAGGCUGGGUGAACACACUUGUUGGAGGGCAGAAAGAAGGAGCCAGAGGAUUCAUGUUCUUUAUCAUCAAUGUGGAUCUGACUGAGGAGGGCCUCUUGCACGUUGAGGACAUCAUUUUCCACAUGUUCCAAUAUAUCCAGAAACUGCGAACUGAGGGGCCGCAGGAGUGGGUGUUUGAGGAGUGCAAGGAUUUAAACAAAGUGGCCUUCAGGUUCAAGGACAAGGAGAGACCCCGUGGCUACACUUCCAAAGUGGCCGGUUUACUACAUUACUACCCUCUUGAAGAGGUUCUGGCAGCAGAGUACCUUUUGGAGGACUUCAGACCAGAUCUGAUCGAGAUGGUGCUGGAUAAGCUGAGACCAGAACAUGUCAGAGUUGCAGUGGUGUCAAAGUCAUUUGAAGGGCAAACAGACAAGACAGAAGAAUGGUAUGGCACGCAGUACAAACAGGAAGCCAUCUCUGAAGAGUCCAUGGAGAAAUGGGCAAAUGCAGACCUCAAUGGCAAGUUCAAAUUACCAAUGAAAAAUGAGUUCAUCCCCACCAACUUCGAGAUCUACCCUCUGGAGAAAGACCCUCCAUCAGUCCCCACUUUAAUCAAGGACACUGCCAUGAGCAAGGUGUGGUUCAAGCAGGAUGACAAGUUCUUUCUGCCCAAAGCAUGCCUGAACUUUGAGUUCUUCAGCCCGUUUGCGUAUGUGGACCCAUUGCAUUGUAACAUGGCAUAUUUAUAUCUGGAGCUCCUCAAGGACUCCCUCAACGAGUAUGCAUAUGCAGCCGAGCUAGCUGGCUUGAACUAUGACCUCCAAAAUACCGUCUAUGGGAUGUAUCUGUCUGUUAAAGGUUACAGUGACAAACAGCACAUCCUGCUGAAGAAGAUCAUUGAAAAAAUGGCCACCUUUGAGAUAGAUGAAAAGCGCUUCGACAUUAUCAAGGAAGCGUACAUGAGGUCUUUGAAUAACUUCAGAGCUGAGCAGCCUCACCAGCACGCCAUGUACUACCUCCGUCUACUAAUGACUGAGGUUGCUUGGACCAAAGAUGAGCUCAGAGAGGCCCUGGAUGAUGUAACUCUCCCACGCCUCAAGGCCUUCAUACCUCAGCUAUUGUCACGGUUACAUAUUGAAGCUCUUCUCCAUGGCAACAUCACCAAGGAGUCUGCUCUUGGCAUGAUGCAAAUGGUGGAGGACACGCUCAUUGAGCACGCUCACACGAAGCCCCUCCUCCCGAGCCAACUGAUUCGCUACAGAGAGGUGCAGGUUCCAGAUGGUGGCUGGUAUGUUUACCAGCAGAGAAACGAGGUGCACAACAACUGUGGCAUUGAGAUCUACUACCAGACAGAUAUGCAGACCACCCACGACAACAUGCUGCUGGAGCUGUUUUGUCAGAUCAUCUCUGAGCCCUGCUUCAACACACUGAGAACCAAAGAGCAGCUGGGCUACAUUGUGUUCAGCGGGCCCCGGCGGGCCAAUGGAGUCCAAGGGCUGCGCUUUAUCAUGCAGUCGGAGAAAGCGCCCCACUACCUGGAGAGCCGUGUGGAGGCUUUCCUCUGCACCAUGGAGAAGGCUGUGGAGGAGAUGGGCGAGGAAGCCUUCCAGAAACACAUCCAGGCCCUGGCCAUCCGCCGCCUGGACAAGCCUAAGAAGCUGUCUGCUGAGUGCGCCAAGUACUGGGGGGAGAUCAUCUCUCAGCAGUAUAAUUUUGACAGAGAUAACAUUGAAGUGGCAUAUUUGAAGACUUUGACAAAAGAAAAUAUAAUGCAAUUCUACAGAGAACGACUGACGGUCGACGCCCCGAAGAGACACAAGGUGUCCGUACACGUCCUGUCCAGAGAGAUGGACUCCUGUCCAAUAGUGGGAGAGUUCCCUGCUCAGAAUGAUGUCAACCUGGCUCCUGCUCCCUCCCUGCCACAGCCCACGUUGGUUCAGGACAUGACGGAGUUCAAGAGGAGCCUGCCUCUGUUCCCUCUGGUCAAACCUCACAUCAACUUCAUGGCUGCCAAACUGUGAGUGAGUCCGGCAGGUCGACACGCAGCAGCAGCACGGGGGCGCCGGGGGGAGGGCGGCCGCGAGGGACCCCGCUCAGUUUCCCACCUACAUAUCCCCCACCAUCCUCCUCCUCCUCCUCCCAUCAGGAAGACUCUUAUCUGACUGAGCCUGCGUGAGUUUGUGUUUGUGUGGGUGAGUGUGUGCGCGCGCGUGUGUGUGUGUGUGUGCGCGUGCAUGUGCACGUGUGGCAGGCUGGGGCCACUAGAAGAGAUGCUUGGAAACAAAUGCGUGUAUUUGAAUCACAAAGUUAGCCGUGGUUGUCAACAUAGCUGUGAUAACAAUAGAGGUCACACCAGACUCACCUCAUGUUCAAAUCUCUAAAAGGAGAUGCAACACUCACACGCAUCACAAUACUGUGUAGGUUGUUGUAGAAGAUAUAGAAACAACCUGAAAAAAAAAAAA